GAGGCUCGGUGGCACACCUGCGGGGCCGGGCGCCCAGAGCAGCGGGCUGCCGGGAGCGGGACGCGCCCAGCCUCGCGGGCGGCCAACUUGCCGUGAUCCCCUCCCGUCUGCCGGACGACCCAGCACUCGGACGCCGCGGAGGCGUGGAGAGCCGGCGAGCCCAGCUGGGAAACCCGAGCCGGGAACAAAGAGGGACCCGGCUGCGAGCGUGCGCCUAUCAGCCGGGGCUCCGGAGCAGCCUUGGGGCCCAGUUCCCGGAGUGACGCCGAGGACCUCGCUGGCCCCAACCGCCGGUGUCGGCGCAAGAACUUCACUCUUGGCAAACUUCUGCGCUUCUUCUCGCGUGCUCCGCCACCCAUCUCCUCCUGAGGCUGCAGACCACCUCCACGCUUUUGGAGGAGAGAAGCCGAAGCGAAAGGCUCGGAAACUCGGAGCUGCAAGCAGACACCGCCAGCUCGGCUACCUCUUCAUUUUUAUUUUACUCCCCCCCUUAUUUUUCUACUCUCCAGGAAGUGGACUUUUCAUUCUCUUCUGAUUGAUUCUCCGGGCCCUUUCUCCGUCUCCGCCGGUGCACACGGAGCCUUGCUCAGCUCCCCUCUCCUCUCGGGAAGCAAACUUCUCAGCAUUCAAGCCAUCUACAGGGUCGAGGCGCGCGGGGACGCGCUUCGGGACCCCGUAGCCCCACCCUGGUGCGCUCCGGCCGCGGCGACCUGGGGAUAAAGGGUGACCUCGGCCCGGCCCGCCACGCGUGCAACACCCGGAGCCUGCGGCGCUCGUUUGCCCCCCGCGCCCCUGGACUGAGCUCCACGACCCCGGCACUGACGCCCCAAUCUCUCCUGCUGUCGCCGCGGGAGCUCCUCCAGCGGACCGGGGAUUACACGGCCGCCGGGAUGCCCCAGCUCUCGGGGGGAGGCGGCGGAGACCCGGAGCUCUGCGCGACGGACGAGAUGAUCCCCUUCAAAGACGAGGGUGACCCCCAGAAAGAGAAGAUCUUCGCGGAGAUAAGCCACCCGGAGGAGGAAGGCGACCUGGCCGACAUCAAGUCCUCCUUAGUGAAUGAGUCUGAGAUCAUCCCGGCCGCCAACGAACACGAGGUGGCCCGUCAAGCACAAGCCUCUCAGGAGCCCUACCACGACAAGGCCCGGGAACACCCCGAUGACGGAAAACAUCCCGAUGGAGGACUCUAUAACAAGGGACCCUCCUACUCCACUUACUCUGGCUACAUGAUGAUGCCAAAUAUGAACACUGACCCAUACAUGUCCAAUGGAUCCCUUUCGCCACCCAUCCCAAGGACAUCCAACAAAGUGCCCGUGGUGCAGCCUUCGCAUGCAGUGCACCCCCUCACACCCCUCAUCACCUACAGCGACGAGCACUUCUCUCCGGGCUCACACCCGCCACACAUCCGGUCCGAUGUCAACUCCAAGCAAGGCAUGUCCAGACACCCUCCGGCCCCUGACAUCCCCACCUUCUACCCCCUGUCUCCGAGUGGCGUUGGACAGAUCACCCCUCCUCUUGGCUGGCAAGGUCAGCCUGUUUACCCCAUCUCGGGUGGAUUCAGGCAGCCCUACCCAUCCUCCCUGUCGGUCGACACCUCCAUGUCCAGGUUCUCCCAUCACAUGAUUCCUGGUCCUCCUGGUCCCCACACAACUGGCAUCCCUCAUCCAGCUAUUGUCACACCUCAGGUCAAACAGGAACACCCCCACACCGACAGUGACCUAAUGCACGUGAAGCCUCAGCAUGAACAGAGAAAGGAGCAGGAGCCAAAAAGACCUCACAUUAAGAAGCCUCUGAAUGCAUUCAUGUUGUACAUGAAAGAAAUGAGGGCCAAUGUGGUCGCCGAGUGCACACUGAAGGAGAGCGCAGCCAUCAACCAGAUCCUCGGCAGGAGGUGGCACGCCCUGUCUCGGGAAGAGCAGGCUAAAUAUUACGAAUUAGCACGCAAGGAGAGACAGCUCCACAUGCAGCUGUACCCGGGCUGGUCUGCGAGAGACAAUUACGGUAAGAAGAAGAAGAGGAAGAGAGAAAAGCUGCAGGAAUCUGCAUCAGGUGGCAAACGCAGCUCAUUCCCAACGUGCAAAGCCAAGGCAGCGACCCCAGGACCUCUGCUGGAGAUGGAAGCUUGUUGAAAACCCAGACUGUCUCCACGGCUUCCCCAGGUGACCCCAAGGAGCACGGACGCCAGCCUGCCUCAAGGUCCCUGCUCGAGACACAGCUCCCGGAGACAAUCACUGCCACCCCCUUUGUCUACUGCAGCAGCCACAUCCCAGAAGAAAGCAUCAAAAUGGUUGUUUCAUAAAAAGGAAGAUACAAGGCACACAAGAAUGCGAGCAGGCCCACCGGUCAGAAGGUUGCUCCCCAUCUCUGCGUGCGCCUCUGGAGCACCUGUGCCCGCAGUGUCCCCAGGCAAGGACAGAACCUCGGCCGCCUUUGCCCGCCAGCAGCUGGAGCCAGCAGCCCACAGGUCUGACGUCUGUCAGUCUGUUGGUCACACCCAGCGGAGGAAUUUGUGGGAGCGACCCUUCUCUAUUUCUUUCUUCGUUUUUACUUCUCCCGAGGCUUUUAUUUAACAGUGCAAAACUUGGAUCGAUCUUAUGUUUGCUUUUUUUUUUUUAAACUUGAAUUUUUUUUUUUUAAUUACUUUCUUAGUUUCAACUUGUAUAUUUUGCUAGCUAUGAGCUUUUAAAUAAAAUUCAAAGGUCAGGAAAAAUUUGAAAUAAAAAUAGAUGAAAAGACGUCUUCUCUUUCUGAGAGAUCUUAUCCCAUAAGCGGCUUCUCUGUGAAUUGCCCGUCACAAGUAGUGGCCUCUCUGUCCUUGUGAGGUGUACGAUAGAGCUACGUAAACAAGACAGCCAACACCACUCGGUGGGUAGUGAUCAGCACUCCUGUUUUAGUUUCUCUUGGUUUUUUUCUCUUUUUUAAAUGGUAACCUUCACACAUAUUCAGGCCGGUUUGCAGUGACUUUCCAUUUCGUUCUUUUUCACCCCCUCGUUGUAAAAAGCCCAGCACUUGAAUUGUUAUUACUUUCAAUGUCCUGUAUUUGUAUCUGUUUUACUAGGCAAUUAGUGGGAUUUUAUGCCAGUUGUUAAAAUGAGCAUUGAUGUACCCCUUUUUUUUAAAUAGCAAGGUGCAGCCCUUGCCCCAAACUGUCAUCUAACCUUUGUCAUUCCAGUUUGAGUUAACGUGCUGAGCAUUUUUUAAA